GAAUGUUGUACUUCAGGCGCCAUGGUAACGACUAUUGAUUACGACAAUGAAAUGUUGUCAUAGAACAAAAAAUGUCAGUAUUGUUUUGAAAUUCUAAAAAUGUGGCAAAACAACGAAGUUAGAUUCGACAUUCCCUUUUCGCAAAUUGAAAUGCGAUUAGGAGAAGUGAUUAUUGACAAAUUGGAGAAUAUUGAGGACAAUAAAGGCAAUGCUGGCGAUCGGGGAAGAUUAUUGAUAACAAAUUUGAGAAUUAUUUGGCAUUCCUCGGGUUAUCCUCGAAUCAAUUUAAGUAUUGGAUAUAAUACGUUUGUGUCCGUGACCACGAAAGCUGUCGCUCGAGUGUUUAGCAGUAAUACGCAAGCAUUGUACAUUCUAUCAUCGUUUCGAAGUUGCAGAUAUGAAUUUCUAUUCAUAAAUCUAGAUCCAAAGAAUAGUCGUCAUUAUACGUCCGUUUUAGGUGUUUAUAGAUCGUACAUAUCAUCGAAAUUGUAUAGAGAAAUUAAAUUGAGAGGCGCAAUUAUCCACGAUAAACGUCUCACUAUUCUGCCGCAGGAGAAUAUUCACUCAACAUUACAUGGUGUCUGGAAUUUAUCAACAGAACAGGGAAAUGUGGGAAUGUUCAUUGUCACCAAUGUGAGAAUAGUUUGGUUUGCGGACAUGAAUCACCAAUUCAACGUUUCUUUGUCAUAUCUCGUAUUUGCAAGCGUGAAUAUAAGAACAUCAAAAUUUGGACCAACUCUGGUGAUUGUCAGCAGUGAGGCGAGUGGCGGCUACGUCUUAGGUUUUCGAAUAGAUCCCGUAGAGAAACUUCAUAUGAUCCACAAGGAAAUUAAGGCACUCCUGGCGACGUACAACAGAUCUCCAAUAUUCGGAGUCGAUUACAAACCCGAACAUAAUGCGCCUGUGGAACGUAAAAUAGAUCUGAAUGAAUUUUCCGAAGUUGAAGAAAUUGCCGAGGACGAAAUUUCAAAUGCCCUUGGUGUUUAUUUCAAUGACGGCGAGGAGAGUAAUCGAAUUCCCGUUUAUAAUAAUUAUGUUGGUCUCAUGGUCGAGGAAUUGAAAGAGGACACCACUAUGCAACAAUUAUGGGAAUUGAUUCCAUCGACUUCAUCGCAAAAUUCAAAAUAAAGAGGGAAAAAUAAUAAUUAAGAGAAAAGAAAAGCAGAAGAUGAAGAAAAAGGAAAAGAAGAAAUUAAGAUAAAAGAAAACAAGA